UCUACCCAUCAUACGAAUUACGAGAACGAACAGACGAAUGAUUCAGAAUUCAAGAUAGGGCCUAACGUUAGUUUUCAGCUCUCUAUCUUGCUUACAAGAAAUUAAGGAUGGGAAUUCAGGGACUUCUCCCCUUCCUAAAGGAAGCAUCUGAGCCCAUUCACAUCAGGAAGUACAAAGGCUAUACCGUGGGCAUAGAUAGCUACUGCUGGAUACAUCGAGGAGCGGUUGCUUGUGCCACUCAGUUGGCAAAAGGAGAACCAGCUGAUCAUUAUGUGAGAUACUGCUUGAAGUAUGUGAACAUGUUGAGGGCGUUAGACAUCAAGCCAGUCAUGGUGUUUGACGGAAGGAAUCUACCGGCUAAAGCUGGAGUAGAGGACAGCAGGAGAGAACGGCGGGAGACCUAUAGUAAAAAGGGACGUCAGUUCCUGAGAGAGGGCAAGGCUAGUGAAGCCAGGGAUUGUUUUGUCAAAUGCAUCAAUGUCACACCAGAGAUGGCCUUGAAUGUCAUGAAGGCUGUGAGGAGUCUUGGUGUAGACUGCAUUGUAGCACCCUAUGAAGCUGAUGCACAGCUGGCCUAUCUAGAGAAAAAUGGCUUCGUCCAGGCUGUCAUCACAGAAGACUCCGAUCUCAUUGCAUUUGGCUGCAAGAAGGUGAUAGUCAAACUAGACUUGGCUGGUAACUGCAUGGAUGUGGACUCCUCACGCCUCAACGUAGCCAUGAAGAUUGGGGAGAAGUUCACACCAGAGAAGUUCCGCUACAUGUGCAUUGUUGCCGGCUGUGACUACCUGGCAUCGCUACCAGGGAUUGGUAUCGGCAAGGCUCGGAAACUCUUUCAACUCACAGCCAACCCUGAUAUCACCCAGGUGAUCAAGAGAAUGGCAACAACCCUGAAGAUGAAAUCAACAACAGUGACCCCUGAAUACCAGGAGGGAUUCGUGCAGGCUAACAACACAUUCCUCUAUCAGCUAGCUUUUGACCCCCAGAAGAAGAAGCUUCAACCUUUGACCCCAUAUUCCCCUGAGGUCACACCAGCAACACUGACCUAUGCUGGAAAAUAUGUUGAUGAGGUAAAGGCCUACCAAAUGGCAUUGGGUAACAUCAACUUUGACACCAUGGAAAGGAUAGCAGACUUUAAUCCCAUGGUUAACAAGCCCUAUGACAAGAAGACACCAAGGCACUUAUUGAGUAUCUGGCAUAAGGACUUCCAACCAGGUCCUGGACUAGGAUGCUUGAACCAGGACCAUAUAGAACGAGAAGUGACGAAGGGAAAAGAAAUAACUGUUGAAGUGAAGCAGAGAUUGAUCCAGAAAAAGAGACAGAGAGAUGAAGAAGAGGAGGUAGGAGCUCCAUCAGAUGUCCAGCUCUCCUCCAUGUAUACCACCACCAAGGGACAACUUGAUGGGAACCAAUGGAUGGAAUCACAAAGGGUCAUCCCUGAGACUCCAGACAAAGAUGUGGUAGAGGAGGAGAUGAAACCGUCCAAGAGGAAUCGCUUUGCUACCAAGCUCACGUCCAGGAACAGAGCUAAUAUAGUCAAUAGUGGAGAGGUGGUUACAAGCAGGUUUUUCCAGCCCAAGAAGCUGGACGUCUCAUCAGAGAAGCAGCAGCAGAUACCCAACGAUAAAAAGCUCAAGAUAGAGGAGAAAGAAAACCAAAGAGUCAGUAUGAACACUUCAGGACUCCUAGAAGGAAUUGUAGACAUAGAGAUGGAACAAGAGAAACAAUUCAAAAUGGAGGAUGAUGAUGAUGAUAUAGAGGAUGUGAUUGAGAUAAAGUUGAAGGAAACUGUUAGUGGUAGUCAGUCCCGGCAGACACAUGUCACAAAGAGUAUAGACGCAUUACAAAGGUUUCAGAGGUCAUCCUCUGCCUCUGUGCUUGUGAAAACUGAAAGGAAUCUUUCAUCUAGCUCACUCUCCAACUCUGUCAAACCUAGAACAGCCUUGUCAUCAACUCAUCAGUCAGAAGACAUUCCUGACUCACAGAAGAGUGUGAUAGAGAUUGAAUCGUCUCAGGAUUCUGUAUGCUCAACCAGGAGUGUUGAUACCUGCAGUCAGUCAUCGUCACUGUCCUCAAGCCAGAGACAAGGUACACCCCGUCCUCGCAGUGCCUUCUCUUGGAGCCGAAAGAAAGAGCUACAAGGCAAGGACAAGGACAGCAAACAGCCCACACAGGGAACCCUCAGUGGCUUUGUAUUCAAACCCACACAUCAGAGUAAACCUAUGCCGAGGCAGACUGCAGUAGGUGUCCAAGAUGGCAGUUUACAGGGCAACAGUCUGAGCAGGAGAGAUUCAUAUGAGAUGCCAUGUUCUCCUGUAUCACAGAAUUCCUCAUCGCAGCUCUUGAGGUUGUCUCUGACCUCGUCCAUUCCAGGCAGCAUGGACAUGCUAAGACUGGGUGAAGAUGUCACGUUCAUGGAUUCACAGAGCAGCAACUUAACCGAGAGCCAGAAUACCAGCUCCAUCACCCUCACCUCAGAUCAAACCUCUCAGCUCAUAGACAACACAGACUUAGAAGAUGUAUCACCACCAAUACCACCACUACCACAGCUACCACUCCAGAUACACCUAUCCAAUGGUGAGGAGGAGGAGGAGGAGAAGGGAGAGAUGAUGGAAGGAAUUAGAAGAACUGGGUUGUCUAGGAAGAGAAAGAAGACAUUCUCCUCUGAGGAGCAAUCUCCAGGUAAAAUCCCAAGUGAUGUUUCCAGCCCUGACACGGAUGAUGUAUCCCUCAACAGUUCCACCGCAUCAUCACCAUCCCCUGCACCAGCUUUAUCUUCUUCAUCGUUGCAAACCACCAAACAUUUUGGCAUGGCAACUGCAUCACAAUCCAACAAGGAUGCAGACAGUCUUCGGGUAGGAGGCAGAGGAGCUACAUCUUGCUACUUUGGUGGAGGAGAGAGGGAGAUGUCACAGGGCGUGGUCAGGAAGAAGGGGAUGAUGCAAGAAGAAGAGGAGUGGGAGAACACCCCACCGGGCAGAGGAGGGGUUUCCCCCUACAAGGGACGCAGGAAUAGAAAUCUGUCUGGCAAAAGACACAAUCAGGGACCCAAAGCUGCCUUCAUGAAUGAUGAAAAUCAACAGAACUCCUCCAACUCUGAGCCAAAGAAACAAUCAGCCUUCCUUGGGCAGUGUAAAGCAUCUGGUCUGUCCAAGAAGCGACGUUCCAGUGGUAAAGCCAAACCAGACGCUACUCCCAAGGGUCAAACCUCUCUUCUUGCUUUCAUGGCCAAACCAAAGACCAAGGACCCACUGAUCAGUCAGAAAGGGGUUUCCCCACUCUCACCAAACAGAGCCAACCUUUGCACAGACCUCACUCCAGAAACAGAAGGUAGUCUACUCUCCAGACAGGGGCGUGGAUUCACCACCAAGAGGCAUAUAUUUGAGUAAAUACUGCCCUCCAUCACUGCAAAUGAUUGAUCUUGUUGCAUCUCUUAUUGUUCAGUUAGUAUUGUUAUUAAAGUCCAGUACUCCAAAUUAAUCAUUAUAACAUGUAGUGUUUUUUUAAAGCUUCUACCAACCUUAAAUUUGUUAUGCAAGCUUUUAUCAUCAUUUAUACUUUAGAUUCAAUAAUGUGCUAUUGCUACCGGAAAUUCAACAUAUCUAGAUGGAUAGAAGACACAUUCCAGUGUAAAUUAUACAUAUAUAACCUGUUGAAAUUCAAACGUGCCAUUGUUUUACUGUAUAAAAUAGCCCUUUGAUUUCAAUGGACAUUGAGGUAAAUAAUAAUUAUCCUUGCUUAUAUAGUGCCUAACACUUACUUUAUCAGAAGUCUCUAAGCGCUCUACAAUAAUGCAGCAUAAUUACCCUGACUUUAGCAGUGCAGCUGUUACGCGCGCUGCGUUUCAAGGAAUACAAUCCUACCAGGUACCCAUUUACUUCACCUGGGUGGAGUGUGGCAAAUGUAGAUCAAUGUCUUGCCAAAGGACAUUAGUGUGGCGGCGGGACUCGAACCGCGGACCUUGUGAUCGACAGUCGGGUGACGUAUCCACUCGACCCCAACACCUCUAUGGCGCACAAAUACCGGUAUGUGAAACAUAGACUGAUUGCAAUGAAUUUAGCUUGUCACGUAAUUGUGACUAGCAUAUUGUGACAAUUUCAGGUGUAAUAUUUUCAUAGAUUUGUCUAUACCUCACUUUACAUUUAUUUUGUCCUUUUGAUUUUGAUUUGAUAUCACAGAGGGAAGACUUCAAAUAUGUAAAGUCAAAUAGUCUGCAAUGUCACAAUGUCACAUCAGGAUUCCUCCUUGUAUUCUUUCAUUGUGGAGAAGAAUCCAAGUCAUAUCAUUGAAUGCUACCUGUUUUACAUAAGGUUAUAUUCAUUAGUAUUCAAUAAAGUGUAAUUUUCCAUUACAUCUUCAUGUAUACUAUUUAUAUUUCCUUUAAGAAAUCACAAGUUAUUUGUGAAAUAUGCAUUCAACUAUGAAUGUGAUAUUAUACUGGAAGUAUUCACCUCAUUGAGAAAAUUCUCUUCAAUAUUCCAACGUCUGUCCUUUAAGACCUGAAACUUUUACAAAUUUUGGCCACUCAUUUACGUUUUUUACACAUGCCUGGUUUCUGAUUUUUCUGGAGCUUUCCCUGUAAACUUGCAGUCUAGUUUGGGCUAUAUCUUGCUUUGGAAUGCAAUCUUGUUUAAGUUUAAGGCUAAAAUCACUAUUUUUACAUCUUACAUUUUUAAAUUUUAAUGUCAUGGUUGUAGUUGUAGAUGCCGAGUAGUGAAGGUUUUUUGUGUAAUCUCAGCAAGGUAAAUCAAUUAUCUAUCAUAACAUGUGCCAAUACAAUCAAAAGUCCUACCCAAACUAUUAUUACUCCAUUGUUAAUGUAAUCAAUAUUAGUCACCUUACCAAGGUUUUGUAAAGG